AAUAUCUAAUGACAAGUACUUAAUUUUUGGAAUCUGAAUAUGUAAUCCGUUAUGCUUGCGUUCUAAAUGUGGGUUUUGGCGGGAGGGGGGUUUCGUCAUGGCUGCUUCCUUGACAUAAAUAAAAAGAAACGCUAUUUGUCAGCGAGCGAGCAGCAUCAGAGCAGGAAGCUGAGAGACAACCACAGACUUCUGCACACGUACAAACCUCAUAGAGAUGACUUCCUAAACACAGAAAUUCAGCUCUCGGACUGGAGGAAGCUAAAAGACAGUCACAUCUUUCUAGACGGAGCUCGUAAAGAGGGGAAAUGGAGAAACAGCAGCAUUCGUCGGGUUCGGACAGUCCGGUGCUGCCGCCGGUGCCGCGAAAACCUCAAAUCCUCGGAGGAGGAAUCCCUGCAUCUCGACAAGACAGCGAGGAUUCAUUAGACAGUCCAUCUGGAUCUCAUGUGGAAUGGUGUAAACAACUGAUAGCGGCCACUAUCUCCAGCCAGAUCUCUGGUGGUGUCCCUCCAGAAGCCAUCAUCCGUGAAUGCAAGGUUGGGAAGAAGAUAGAUUUCAGGGUGUCAAGGAGGCCAAACUUAAGGUCUCAGGACUCUGGUGAAGAUGGCAGCGACAUUGAACUGCCGUCUCACACUACGCAAGUAUUCAGGGAUGUACGAAAACAAGUGCCCAUGGAUGAAGUCCCACUUGUCCCUGGAGAGACCAUCAAAACCACUGUUAAAGACGUGAUGUAUAUCUGUCCUUUUACUGGAGCUGUGACCGGCACACUCACAGUCACAGACUACAAACUCUACUUUGUCAGUCUAGAACGGGACGCUCCUUUCAUAAUGGAUGUGAACCUGGGUGCCAUCAGCAGGUUGGAGACUAUCGGUGUACAGAGUCAUGGGGAGAAUACUAGUGGCAUGGAGAUCGUCUGUAAGGAUAUGAGGAGUCCCAGGUUUGCUUAUAAAAAGGAGGAACAGAAUAAUGUGGAGAUUUUAGAAGCGUUGACAAAGCAUGCCUUCCCCCUGACCAAUGAGCUGCCCCUAUUCGCCUUCCAAUACAAAGAACAAUUUCCAGAGGAUGGAUGGAAGGUUUAUGAUCCAGUGGCAGAGUAUAAAAGAAUGGGUUUGCCCAAUGAGAGCUGGACGAUCAGUAAGAUCAACAGUAAUUAUGAAGUGUGUGACACUUACCCUGCUCUGCUUGUUACCCCCACCAGUAUUAAAGAGGAUGAAAUCAAACGAGUGGCCUCUUUCAGAAUGAAACAUCGUAUACCGGUCCUAUCAUGGAUCCACCCAGAAACCCAGGCCACGAUAGUGCGCUGUAGUCAGCCCAUGGUGGGCCCGACAGACCGCCGGUGUAAGGAGGAUGAGCAUUACCUCCAGACCAUCAUGGAUGCCAAUGCACAGUCCCAUAAACUCACCAUAUUUGAUGCUCGGCAAAACACCGUGGCUGAUAAUCACAAGGCUAAAGAUGGAGGUUAUGAGAAUAAAAAUUUCUACCCCAGCAUGGAGCUGAUUUUCCUGGAGAUCCCAAACAUUCAUGUUAUGAGAGAGUCUCUGCGUAAGCUGAAGGAGGUGGUCUACCCCACCAUCGAUGAACCUCGCUGGCAUUCGGCCAUAGAUGCCACACACUGGCUGGAGUACAUACGGCUUUUGCUUGCGGGUGCAGUGCGGAUUGCAGAUAAGGUUGAGUCAAGUAAGAGCUCUGUGGUGGUGCACUGCAGUGAUGGCUGGGACCGCACAGCUCAGCUCACCUCUUUGUCGAUGCUGAUGCUGGACUCCUACUACAGGACUCUCAGGGGCUUCCAGGUGCUGCUGGAGAAGGAGUGGAUCGGCUUCGGACACAAGUUUGCUGCGCGUGUUGGACAUGGAGAUGAAAAUCAUGCAAACUCUGAGCGCUCGCCUCUAUUUGUGCAGUUCAUAGACUGUGUUUGGCAAAUUAUGAGACAGUUUCCCACUGCCUUUGAGUUUAAUGAGCUCUUCCUUGUCACCAUCCUGGAUCACCUCUACAGCUGCCUAUUUGGUACAUUCCUUUACAACAGUGAACAGGAGCGUGUGGAAAAGGCAGUGAACAGUAAGACGGUGUCUUUGUGGUCCUACAUCAAUAGCCAGCCAGAGGACUUCACCAACCCCUUCUAUGUUGACUAUGAAAACCAUGUGCUGUACCCUUUGGCCAGUCUAAGACAUUUGGAGCUGUGGGCUGGAUACUACGUUCGCUGGAACCCCCGCAUGAGACCACAGAUGCCUGUACACCAGAACCUGAAGGAGUUGCUGUAUCUGCGCGCAGAGCUUCAGAGGAAGGUGGAUGAGUUACAGAAAGAAGCAUCUUCAUCACGCUCAAUCUCCUCUUCAUCAGAUCAUGCGUAUUCUCCCUCACAUGGCGGUACACCACUACACUCCUCUGUGUAACAUAACAUGCAAUGUUCAAAGUAGAGAGGAUUAUUUAUUAACAGGAUGUGUGGUUGGAAUCUAUAGGUUACAGUAAACAUGAUAAUGUGAUAUUUAAAUCUGUCAUUUCUCACUGGAUAAUGCAGGACGUAUAGAGAGCCAGCGUAUAUACAUGUAAAAAUUAGCAUGAACACUCAAAAGGAGGACAGUCUCCCACACAUUUUAGCUUCAUUUCGGUUGUGUUUUAUAAAAACUUCCUUCAAAACAGAGAACCUUUUGAUUGUGAUUCAGUUUCUGAAAAAAUAGGCCACUUUUUUUAACUUGACUUGUGAAUAUACUUUUUAAUAAUUUAUAUUAUUCUUUUCUAUUUUAGUGACUGUAAUUUUUCUGUUUUUGUCUAAUAGUUUUUCAUUACUGCCUCAGCUUUGCCUGCCUAUGUGCCAAUACUUCUACAACCUUUAACAUCCCUUUAGUUAUUUAAAAAUAAAAUCACAUAACAUUUAUUUCCUUACUUAUGAACUCAUUUUGUGUCUUGUGUUCAUAUUAUUUUAUUAGGUUUUACUAAUUCAUUUGAAUAUUGCUGUUGUGAUACUGCCAUUAGUUUGAUAGUUUUUAUGUGCACACCCUAAUAUUGCACUAAUAUUGUACUUCCGGUACUACUGAAAUGUACGUUUACAAGGUAAAUAAGGAACAUCUGAUAUUAAUCCCCUGUUGAUUUUUUGUUUAUAUACUCAUGUUUGCGGAUCUGAGUGCAAAGAAAUAGUCUUUACACAGCCCUGAUCAAUCGAACAGAGAACGCCAUAUAAUGUUUAAAAAGCCAAUUACAUGUAAUAUUUUAAAAACUGAAUUUAUAAUGUAUUUUUUUCUUUCUUUUAUUAGUGUAUUUUUGUAUUUGUGCCACCCUGGUUAUUCUUUCUACAUGUUAAAAAAAAAAAACAGACUCCAAACCCUUGCAUCCUGAAUUUAAGAAAAAUAAAUAACCAAAGGAAUCAAGGACGAGAUAAACUGUUUAUUAUUGGGUUUCUUUAUGCUGCUCUUUUACCACCAAGUAUAACCAAUGAAAUACAGAGUGAAAUUUUAUUAAAUUUGAAUAUUAUCAUGUGUAGAAUAGGAUUGCCAGUUGAUAUCCGUGUAAUUAAUUGUGUUUUCAUCACAUUCUGUACUUGAAAACUGUGAUGAAGGUCAAUAUUUCUGAUUCACAUUAAAGCCGAGCAUUACAAUCUGAUCAGUGGCAGUAAUAUCGUGAUGCAAUAACUAAACUGGCAGUGCAAAUCAAGACACUUCAGAAACUUCAUUUCCAAUUUCUCAAGUUCAUAAAUAAACCCAGUACACAAGAAAAAAAACUUUAAUAUCUACAGCUAGAAUCCAAAACAUGCAUAUCUGUACAGUUCAGCACAUACACCCUUGUUUUGACAAAAUUGCAACUACACUGGCCAAACGACACCAGAGAGCCCAGAGAUCCUUACAAACUAAACAUCCACCAUAUAGUAGCCAGAAAUGUAGAUUCAAUAGAUUCAGGUCAAUUGAAAGUAUUAGGGAGGUGUUUAACAGUCACACCAUGUGUCCAAGCAACAAAUUCAACACAAACCGAUGAUAAUGUUGACAAAAAUGUUCAAGACACUUGUGAAUUUCUUGCCUUGACGAGACCGUUGUAUCUUUUACUUUCAAAUUCAUUCAACAAGACUCACACCAAAGUCAAAGAACAUGCAAAAAGGCAAAACCAUCACAUUUCAUCUUUGGUGUUCUUCAUUUCUGACAAGUGUAGCACCAAAAAAGCUACAUUGUUCUGGUAGCCAAAGCAGUAAAAAGUUACAUUCAGCUAACAUUCUGUUUUCACCCUAGAUACUGUGCAAAAGCCUCGGUAGAACGUGCCGUUUAAAGGAAAGUACCAAGGAACGUUCUGCGCAGCUGGGUUUCUGACAUCACCAUUUGCAAGACUUGUAAAUCUACUUUAUGUUGGGCAUGUGAGUUAACAAGUGUUUAAACUGCAAUGGGGUGUUAAAGUGUGGUCACAUUUACCCUUAUUCGGCAAUUUUCGUGGGUGAAAUCCGGCCAUUUUUAUAUGAAUCAAAAGAUUUCUGCGUUAAAGUCUGUCACCUAAAUACGCCAUGUUGACCAACAGAAAGCCUUGUGGUUUCUCACUGACUUCUAUGCGAGCGCUUGCUUCGGAGCUCAGCGAAUGUGACCACACCUUUGAAUUGGAACAACGUACUUAACCUGGUACGUCUGGUUUGUAGACAUUCAAGUGAGGCAGCCCUUCUAAUGAUCGUGAUUGUUAGUGCCGUGUAAGUAAGCUAGCGUGUCUUCCCUAAUGUUAGUGUGGUAAGGCAUUGGGAAGGAAAGCACCAUUGGCAAGGGCUUAGGUUGGGAGUAACAAAGGUGCACCUGAAUUCACAGUGAAAAACAACAGCUACAGGAAAAUCUGGAGGAUCUCAAGUCAUGGAGAGGAUGGUAAGGACUGAGCUGCUUUCCAAUCCAGUUUUGCUAACAGAUGGUGGCCUUCCAAAUCAGAAGAAAUGAAGGGUCUGGUCGAGCUCAGUGGCACAAACGCCACACCCAAACAGGGUGGGUAAAUUAGCAAAACGGGAAAGCAGCUUUAGGGACUCAUUAAGGCAAUAGCAAAACUGGGAAGGGUGCAACAAUUCUCGAAAAGUCUCAAAGCUAACGCUCAAACAUGCUAGAAACGAUACAAACACUAAGCUUGGGCGAAAAACUACUCCCCAUAAUUCAAAAGACUGGGGGGCACAAACAUUUCUGUACAUUUACUGCUACAAGUGUAAAUAGAGAUACACUGAUGGAAAACUUGGAAACGGUACGCGAUUUACAAGCACAUUAAUCCCUUAAAAUCC